CUACCACCCACUCUCUUUAAUUCCCAUUCACCAUAAAAACCCACUGCCCCUUCUCCCCGCCCACUCCGCCCAAUUCCCAGUGCCACCGCUCCCUCCAAAGCAAUUAUGACCUCCAAAUCGCCUUCAACUAAUUUGGCUAUGUCAUGCGCCCUGGCGCUGCUCUUCCUGGGCUUGGUGACCUCAAACGUAGACCAGGACAGAGCCGAGUGCACAGACCAAGUGGUCGGGCUAGCGACUUGCCUGCCGUACGUGGGCGGCGAGGCGAAAGCGCCUACACCCGACUGCUGCAGCGGCCUCAGGCUUGUGGUUCAAAAGAGCAUGAAAUGUCUCUGCGUGCUGAUAAAGGACCGUAAUGACCCCACCCUGGCACUCAAAGUGAACCUUACGCUCGCUCUUGGACUACCUAAUGUAUGCCACACCCCGGCCAAUAUAACAGAUUGUAUCGGGCUUCUCCAUCUGCCGCCCAACUCCGCAGAAGCCAAGGAUUUUUUGGGGCUGAGCGCCAAGGGAGCAAACGUUACAUCUGCUCCCGCGGCGAGUAGUAAUCCCACAGAAAAGCCUGACGUAAAAAAUGACGGUGGAAUGAGAAAACAAUGGCUGGGGGUCGAGAUUUUUAUUUCAUGUAUUGUUCUAUUCACUUCCAUUUGGUAGUGUACCAUUUUUAGUUCUCUCAAACUCUCCGGAAAUAAAAUGUUUCAUUAAUUAAUCA